AUGUUUGUUGUAUCUUUGCCGUGUGGUUUAAUCAAUGGAGGUCCAGUUGGAAUAUAUAUUCAGUGGGAUUAUAAAGAAUUGCGCAAGGAAAAAUCACACACAAACGUCAAGGAUUCAUAUAUUGAGAAACUAGAAUGUAAGCGUGAUGAUGACAGUAAUUUACAAAUUUCAAUGCUUAAAAAUGAAGAAUACUAUACAGGCUAUUUUUUGCCUCUGAAGUUAGGCGAACACAAUGUCCUCGAGUAUGGAUCCCUUUAUUUAACGAUGAAGAAUCCUAAAGGUGAACAAAUAGCUUCAACAAAUCUCCGCAUGGACUUGGCAAGGAAUAUUCACAGAAUCAAGCCCUUUAAUAAUGACUUGAAAGCUAUGCUUCCAAAAGAAAACCAAAAAGGAUCAGAGAUAGUUUUUAGUGAUAUAAACGAUGAGAAUAAGUAA